UAGUGCUCGUAGUGAGUUAGCUAGUCAUUUGUUUAUAAUUCAUCUAUUUUGAAAAUAAAAACAUGUCUCACGCAACCCCGGCAGACAAGCCUUCAAACCCCGAGAACCCCCGUGUCUUCCUUGACGUUGACAUCGGAGGAGAAAGAGUGGGCAGAAUAGUUCUGGAACUGUUUGCUGAUAUUACCCCCAAAACUGCUGAAAACUUCCGGGCGCUCUGCACUGGAGAGAAACAAAUUGGCAAAUGCACAGGGAAACCACUGCAUUUCAAAGGAUGCCCAUUCCACAGAAUUAUCAAGAAGUUCAUGAUUCAGGGGGGGGACUUCUCCAACCACAAUGGCACCGGAGGUGAGAGCAUCUACGGGGAGAAGUUUGCAGAUGAAAACUUCCAUUACAAGCAUGACAAAGUGGGUCUGCUCAGCAUGGCCAAUGCCGGACCCAACACCAACGGUUCCCAGUUCUUCAUCACCACGGUUCCCACACCACACCUAGACGGCAAGCACGUGGUUUUCGGCCAGAUUCUGAAAGGGAUCGGUGUGAUGAAAAUGUUGGAGGCCAUAGAUACAAAGGAUGAUGCCCCCGUGAAGCCAUGUGUCAUUGCCGACUGUGGCGAGCACAAAGACGGAGACGAGUGGGGUGCGACACCACAGGACGGGUCCGGAGACACUCACCCAGACUUUCCCGAGGACUCGGAUAUCAACUUCAGAGACGUUGACCAAGUGCUGUCUGUCGCCGAGGACAUGAAAAGCAUCGGAAACAACUUCUUUAAGAGUCAGGACUGGCAAAAUGCAAUCAAGAAGUACUCUAAAGCCCUGAGGUACUUGGCGGUGAGCGGGGAGCAGCUGGAGGAGGAGGAGAUCCAGAAGAAGAUGGAGUCAACAGCCCUCAGUUGUAUCCUAAACACAGCUGCAUGUAAACUGAAGCUGCAGCUCUGGCAAGAGGCCCUCGACAGCUGCACCGAGGCUCUGGAGUUGGACCAGUCCAAUACUAAGGCACUUUUCCGGAGGGCUCAGGCAUGGCAAGGGUUAAAGGACUAUGACAAAGCAAUGACUGAUCUGAAGAAAGCUCAGGAAGGAGCACCAGCGGAUAAAGCUAUCAGCAACGAGAUCAAGAAAGUCCAGCUCAAAGUCAAGGAGCAGAAGGAGAAAGAGAAGAAAAUCUAUGCCAAAAUGUUUGCAUAAACAUUUAUGCUGACCAAAGGAAGAAGGCCGUGCUACCAGUCACGUCAGACAGGGAGCGCUGUGCAGCAAUGCGGUCACAUGUUCAGUGGCAGGAUCCUAACCCUUCCAUGACAGCAGCGUGUCUAUGUUCCCUCAGCCGUAUUUCCUUCAACUUACCUAACCUAGCUUAACCCAAAACUUACCUUACCCUAACCCAAAGCUUACCAAUGUGCCUGCACAUUGUUUUUAAUGACAAUAAAAUUGAAUUGAACUUAACCCUAACCCUACGCUUACCUUAUGCUUACCAAUGUGCCUGCACAUUGUUUUUAAUGACAAUAAAAUUGAAUUGAACUUAACCCUAACCCUA